GCGAAUCUGUCAAACAUGCGAAGAAACUGUGUCAAAUAAACUUGAAAUCCGAAUGUGAUUUUUCUAUGUGACCGUGAAUUAAAAUCACUUCCAACGUUCGUCCCACAAAUCGGGAGGAGAUGGUUCGUGUGAUUUCCGUUCAUCAUUUCGCGCAACAAUCGGUGCAGGUGGUGGAGCAGCCGACCGCCUGCACGGUGGCGCCGCCCCACCGCCUCUUGUUAGCCCUCACCAGCAACUGCGUGGAGGUGCGCGAUCUCCUCCACGACUCCGAUCUUCUCUUCACCUUCCCGACCGUCGACGAGGUUCUGGAGAUCGUGCACUGUCUCAACGGCGACUACGUGGCCACACUCGAAACCAAAUUCAAUCGGCAAAACAAGGAAACGAAUUUCGUUCGGGUCUACGUUAACUGGGACACGGUGGCCACGUUGCAACAGUCCAAGAUGACGUCGAGCGGCGUCAGUUUGGGCGCCUCGGAGUGCGGAAUGGUGCAGCCGAUGAGGGCGAGGAUUGCCGGUCGAGUGACACCGACCACCAACCAGAGCGAACUCGGAUCGCUCGAAAUGAUCGAGAUUCCGGUCAAAUUGAACCCGAACGCCAUCAGCUGCUGUCAGGUCUCCGGCAAUUUGAUCAUACUGGCCGACAAGACCGUCAACUUUUACAGCUUCCGAGUGAAGACGCACGACAUUUCCAAACUGAAGUUUGUUGACUUUGAAGAGAUUCCCAUCAUGGUCCAGUUGAGUUUCGCUCCCACCACCAUCGAGAUGUGCGAGAAUUACGUGGCUUGCAUGAACAAGGACAGCUUCCAUUUGUUCAGGAUCGACGACGCAGCCAAAGACAACACCGAACCGACCAGCAACGACUUUCAGUCAGAAUUUCAGUACUCGCAACAACAAACUGUCGAUUACAAACGAUUGGUGAGAGAGGAGACGAUGCAAAACAAAGACAAAAUUACGAUCAAUCUGCCCACGAUAAUGAGGGAGAACAGCAUCAUCCACAAGAACAAUCCCUUCACUUUUUCCGAUAAGGAGAUGAUCGCAACCAUAAAAGCUACGACUCCAAACAACAAAGCUGCCAACAGCUACACCAUUCACAAUCUCAUUCAACUGAAAUUAAUUCCGAUCUUGAUCGAAUCUGGACCCAAAUCGGUGGCCGAAGAGUUUAAGAGCUUAGUUCUGAAACCGUUGUACAUCGACGAAACUUUGAACAGAUCGAAUUCUUCGGUGGACGAUCGAUAUUUCAGCAGUUACUACCGGAAGAAUUUCAACAGUUUGGUUUGCAUGAUUGCCACGCAACAGGAGGGUUACAUGUACCACUUUGAUGAUGCGGAAACGUCUUCGGAAAAGGAUAAUUGCAUAGCCAUUUAUCCGUUCACUGCGCCCGUUCAUAAGUUGGUGAUGGAGGAUUACUUUUUGCAUGCGCUGACGGAAACCGGAUUGGAGAGUUACACUUUGAGAUUUGGCCAUCAGAUGUGCAGAAACUUUCAAGUUAUUGACGGUGUUAAUGUGGCUUGUCCUUCGAUUACCGAUUCCAUUUGCCUCGUUGGUUUGCGACCUUUCUUGGGUGUCGAACAGAUUUUACUCUCGCAGAAUCACUUGCUGCUGCUGGCGAAUUCCGAAACGUCGCCAACACACUCUGUCAGCUCCAACAGCAGGUACAUAAAUUCGAACGCAAACUUUUGGACUCUGUACAAUCUGGAGGUGCCGACGCCUAAAACAGUGUUCAACGACAUCUCGAUCGUGGCGAACGUGCACAGAUUCUCGUCGGCACAAACCUAUUGUCAUUUGAUGAGCGAGAGUCACAUGAUACUCCGAAUGGCGUUGCUGUUGAAAAAAUGGACCACAACUGAAGAGAACGUAAAGUUAAUUGUUCCCGAGCAGGACGACGGCAACAGGGAGGAUCUGAUCGAAACGUAUCGAACGUCGUGCGCUCUACUCGGAGAUCAUUUUGUGAUGUGUUCGAAUCCGGACGACUACACUUUAUGCAUUCCGUACUAUAAGAUGGCGAGAAUUCAACCGUUCCAAGUGUUGAAGCGCGUGAAAAAAAUUCAAGAACAGUCGAACAACAUGUCGACCAAAGGACUGAUGCACUAUUUGAGGGCGGUACUGUUGGAUGUGAAAAGUGGCUCAGAAGCAGAUCGAUUUUUCGGAUCGGGAGCCAAGCAAAGCUUUGCCGAGGCAAUCUUGGACUUGCUCCAGGUGCACGGCUAUCAGGAGCUGCCCAAUCUCAUACUCAGAAGUAAAAUCGUCAGGGAGUAUUCGACCGACAAGCUAAUCAACAUCCUGAACGACACGCCGAACGGCAACGAGAAGUUGUUGGCUCUCACCGUGUUGCACAUUCAAAAAUGCAACAACAACAAAGCCUCGGAAUGCCUGAGCAAAAUUUCGCACAGCACCUUGUUCGAAUUGCUCCUGGAACAUUCGGAAUUGUUGUUCGAGACGACGUACAAUCCACAAAACAGACCGAAAGGAGUUACCAGCUUUUCGGAGUUUGCCGUCAUGUUGAUCGGUUACAACCCCGAACUUUUGGCUUCCGUUUUGGUCAGUUUGAUCGUCGAAAAGAAAUCCAUAAGCUUGAACAAGGUGAUCAAGGUGUUUUUGGAGUAUCUGCCUUCGAGUAUUGGAAGCGACGGCAACACGGCCGGUCUGGUGUUACAAAAAACUCUCGAAAGAUAUUUCGAGAAUUAUUUCUCUCGUCCGGAAAACGCGGAUCUCACUAAGAUAACGUACGAACGUGGUUCGUCGGAGGCGAUGAAACUGUUGGUCAGAUCGUACCUGAGUCAGUUGCAGAUUUUGCGCAUGAAAGAGGAGAGUUUCAGGAAGGACGUCGGCCGCUUGGAGAGGAACAAUUCGGAGGAGGACGAGGAAGAACAGCAAUUCGGUUAUAACAAAGUGGGAAGGAUUCAGUUCGAGGAGAACGUAAAGAAGAAGCCGCAGGACAAUUAUCUGUUUUCAAGUUUGCGAUACGACUAUUUGGACAAGAUGCCUCCGUUUCAAAUCGAAAUAACCUCCAAGAUUUUGGAGACGUGCGUCGAAAAUUAUCCGAAAAAGGAGGAAGACAAUUCGGGCAAGAACUCCGAAGCGGACGUUGUGCUGAGGCGGUUGCAAGCUUUGCUCUGCUCUCAGACCGUUCCGAAGAAUGUGAUUUCGGAGGUCGGUGCGUUUUUGCAAGUUAACGAGAACGUGAGAGGAGGCUGCAGUCUUCGGUCGAUCAUUUCGGGUACGAACGACGCCAUCAGUUUGUUGAUCGACGUUUGUCCGCAAUGUUUGCCGCAAUUUGGGAAAGAUCGUUUCACCAGAAAAGACGAAUGGAAGUUUUUAAUUGCGACAGUUCAGAGGAGAAUCUUGGAGCUGUCUCAGGACGAAAAAUUGAAAAGGGUUUGUUUCUUUCACAAGAAAAUACUUCGAGAUAUUUUAACUCACGUUGCUACGUCCAUGACGUUAGAUCAGUUGGUGGACGUGUUCCCCCAACGUUUCAGCACUGUUCCGGAGAAAUUGGACGGGAACGAUGUUUCCGAGUUGGACGAUGAUUUGGACAUUUUGAACGAGAUCCAAAAUUACGAACCGUACGUGAUGAUGUGCAAGGAAACGAUGCACGCCAAUCAAAUUAACAAGUUGAUCACUACGACGGGUCAACAGUUGCUGUGCACACUAAAUCUUUAAAUCGUACACUGUUUUUUUUUUGUAAACCUUUGCACCUUAAAAUUCACACGAUUCGGACCAAUAUUGUUUUAAUUACUUCUCGGAGAGGAAACGAGCGAAUGAACGAACAAAAGAUUACUACUACUGACUGUAGUUUGCAAGCAAAAAAGAUUACGCUGCUUUUUUGUCCAAUUGAUUUCGGCUUAUUUUAGUUGAGAGCAUCAAAAAUGAGGAGCCUUAGACUUGGACUGAUAUUUGGACAUUUUUAAAGCGAUGUCACUUUUUUUCACUCUGCUAUAGAAAGGAAUAAGUAUAAAAAUUGAUUUGUGAUAGUUUUAUAUAUUGUUUUUAAGUCGUUAAUAGUUGUGAUAUUAUAUCUACUACAUAUAUCGAUGGACAAAAUAAAUGAAUAAAUAUCUAUUAAA